AGAAAUGGCCACCCAGGCUCAAGGGUGCGAAUUGGUGAACGGGCACCUAGAUGUCUCUCAAUAUAAUCUGUUAUAUAAUAGAAAUGAGACAGAGAUGCUGGAACAGAUUAGGCAAUUACUUGGAGAAAACAACAAGCUCAAAGAAGCCAUGAAGCAGAAAAGUCAGGAAAUGAAGGAGCGCCUUGAAGAGCUUUUAAAAAGAGGGGAACAAGGACGGGGUGAGCUUCCAGAAUUUAGACAGCGUGCACUUGAACUGAGUAAGGAGAAUGAAUUGCUGAAGAAAGAAAUUCAGCAUUUAAAGGAGAAACAUCUGCACACACAGAGUGAAGAGGAGAGCCUGAAACAUCAGAAGGCACAGAUUGUACGUCUUCAGACAGAGAAGGCUGAUCUGGUUGGAAUCAUUUCUGAGCUACAAGUGAAACUAAGCAGCUAUGGCUCCGAAGACUCAUUUGUUGAGAUCAGGUUUGCAGGAAAAGAAACUGAAGCAGAGGUGAAGGAGAGAAAGGCAGAGGGUGACCCAUCAGACCCGGAAAUGAUUACAUAUAGGACAACAUCUACCAAUGAAGAGAGCUAUGGCAAAGAAUCGGAAGAACUGGCAGUCAGCAAACUUCUUCAUAGCUUGCGUGAGGAAAGUGAAAAGGUAGAACGAUUUCAGAGAGAGUUGGCAAAUGCAAAUGAUAGACUGGCAAAUCUUGAAAAUAAAUCAUCACAUUACAUACAUAAGGAAACAGAAACUGAUCCAAUAGUGGAACAAAAUGAUGAAGACAGACAAGCUGCAGAACUUCUGAAUAAGGAGGUGGAGAUGCUAAAACAGAAAGUAGAAGUGCUCAAUAAAGAACUUUAUGAGACAAAUGAAAAGUUAAACGAGGCUCAGAAGAUUAAGAAUAACCUGCAAGACAGAUAUUUGUCUCUUGAUAAGAAACUUGCAGAUAACCAGGUUGAAGUAGAUGAGAGACAGACGCUUCUAUAUUCUGUCCAGACAUUGGAGCUCCAAGUGGAGAGCUUGAAGUCGGAAAUCAGAAUGGAGCAGAGCAAAACUAAAGAACAAAAGAGGCUGAUGUUGGCUCUGCAGGAAUCGUCUGACAAACAGAAAUGUGACUACGAGUUGUUGGUAAAGGCGGAGGCUGAGAAAGUGCCCAUAGCUCAGUUUACACAAUUAUUGGGAAAGCUGAAUGCAUGUGAGAAGGCACUGGCUAAAAAACAGCUAGAGAUUGAUGAGCUGAAGGAAGAAGUCGGCAAACACAAGGAAGAUGCUGAGACAAUGUCAGUUCUCAAAGCUCAGAUCGAGCUCUACUGUUCUGAUUUUCAUGCAGAGAGAGAGGCCAGGCAAACUAUUCAUCAAGAAAAGGAGGACUUGGCAACACAGCUAGCACUCAUGUUAGACGAAAAUGAAUCCCUAAAGGGAAGACAGUCCAUAGAGCAGCUUCAGAGACGCCAUGUGCCUUCAUCAGAAGGUCCUCACCUGCAGCCAAGAGGAGCACAGAACUUGGAGCAGCUAAGUGUACAUAUGUGUCCUAAGUGUGAAAAGGUUGUACCAGAUAUGGACACACUGCAGAUUCAUGUCAUGGAGUGCAUCACUUAGACGAACGCUGCUGAGCGCAUCAGAAAAAUGAAACUGUAAUAAUGUUUGAUCUGUCU